UGUUCUAAGGCAGUGCAACUUUUGACCUGCAGGUCUUUCGGGGGCUGGUAAGACAACCAUUGGUUUUGCCCUUGAGGAAUACCUAGUGGCCCACGCCAUUCCCUCAUACUCACUGGACGGGGACAACAUUCGCCAUGGGCUCAACAAGAACCUGGGCUUCACCUCCAUGGACCGCGAGGAAAACAUUCGUCGAAUCGCUGAGGUGGCAAAGCUGUUUGCGGACGCUGGUCUUGUUUGCAUCACCAGCUUCAUCUCACCAUACACCAAGGAUCGUGCCGAAGCACGCAAGAUUCUUGAGGCUGCAGGGCUGCCCUUCUUCGAGGUGUUCGUGAACGCGCCGCUGGAUGUCUGUGAGAGUCGAGACGUCAAGGGUCUCUAUAAGAAGGCACGUGCUGGAGAGAUUAAAGGUUUUACAGGCAUUGACUCCGAGUAUGAGAAGCCAGAGGCUCCGGAGUUGGUGCUGAAAACUGGGCAGGUGACGGUGAAUGAGUGCAUACAGCAGCUGGUGGGGCUGCUGCAGGAGCAGAAUAUUGUUCCUACUUCAGUGAUAGAGGAGGUGAAGGAGCUCUUUGUGCCCGAAAACAAGCUGGACUUGGCACAGGCUGAAGCCAAGACACUGCCCACACUCCAGAUCACCCAGCUCGAUAUGCAGUGGGUGCAGGUGCUGGCGGAAGGGUGGGCGACGCCACUAAAAGGCUUCAUGAGGGAGAGAGAGUUCCUACAGGUCUUGCACUUUGGCACGUUAUUAGAUGGAGGAACGAUCAACCUGUCUGUGCUCAUUGUUCUGCCCGUGUCCUCGGAGAACAAGGAGAACCUGGACGGCUGUGCUGCGUUAGCUCUGGAGUAUGAAGGCCGCAAGGUGGCCAUUCUCCGCAAACCUGAGUUCUAUGAGCACAGGAAGGAGGAGCGAUGUGCUCGGCAGUGGGGGACCGUCUGUUCCAAACACCCUCAUAUAAAGAUGGUAAUGGAGGGUGGUGACUGGCUAGUCGGUGGUGACCUAGAGGUCCUGGAGCGAAUCAAAUGGAAUGAUGGACUGGACCAGUAUCGCCUGACUCCUAUGGAACUCAAGCAGAAAUUCAAGGAAAUGAAAGCUGAUGCCGUUUUUGCUUUCCAGCUUCGUAACCCUGUCCACAACGGGCACGCCUUGCUGAUGCAGGACACCAAGCGCAUGCUGCUGGAAAGGGGGUACAAGCGCCCGGUACUGCUCCUCCACCCCCUUGGUGGUUGGACCAAAGAUGACGACGUGCCCCUGGCCUGGCGCAUGAAGCAGCACGCUGCAGUGCUGGAGGAGGGGGUUCUGGACCCCACCUCCACCGUAGUGGCCAUCUUCCCUUCGCCCAUGAUGUAUGCUGGACCUACAGAAGUUCAGUGGCACUGCAGGGCACGGAUGAUUGCUGGAGUAAACUUCUACAUCGUGGGCCGGGACCCGGCUGGAAUGCCCAAUCCUGAGACCAAGAAGGAUAUCUAUGAGCCGACUCACGGAGCGAAGGUUCUGACCAUGGCCCCGGGCCUAUCCUCCGUGGAGAUCAUUCCCUUCAGAGUGGCUGCCUAUAACAAAGCAAAGAAAGCAAUGGACUUCUAUGAUAAAGAGCGGCACAGUGAGUUUGACUUCAUCUCAGGAACUCGCAUGAGGAAGCUCGCUCGCGAUGGUGAAUACCCCCCUGAUGGCUUCAUGGCUCCCAAGGCAUGGAAAGUCCUGACCGAAUACUAUGUCUCUCUGGGAAAAGAGAACUAACUUUUAAUUUGAAAUAUAGGAAACACUGGUUGAUUAGCUGAUUUUAUCCAACUGUAAAUUAUUUUCUUAUAAAAAAAAAAAGCAACUUAUUUUAAUGUAAAAAAGUAGAAACUAAAUAUUUUAAUAGAUGACCUGUAUAGCUGUCCAAUUAUAGAGCCAUUUAAAAAAAAUCAUUUAUAAAAUUAAUUUAUAAUUGUUAAACUGAUUUAACUGCCAACUUUUUUUGUAUUUAAUGUUUUUAUUAUAUUUACCUGGGCAGUUUGAAUUGCAUCAGCAGAUAAUCACUGUCAGCUAAAUCUAGU